AUGUUGUUCAAUAACCUUGUUUCGGCGGUCGCCGUGUCUGCUCUUGUGUCAUCAGUUGUUGGCACCUCGUCUCGCAACUCGGCGUUACCCAAGAGGCCCCAUGUUGAAGCUGCCCCUUAUGGUACAGGGAAAGCCUUUCCUGCCUCUCCCGCACGAUCUCGCAAGGACUUCUGUUAUGUCAACGCGGGUAAGGGCAAGAAUGUCGACGAUGCUCCAAGCAUUUUGAAAGCGUUCAAGAAGUGCAACAAAGGAGGCACAAUUGUUCUUGACCAAAAGUACAGCAUUGCCUCGCCACUUGACUUGACAUGGCUCGCUCAUGUCGACGUUAUCAUUACUGGAGAGGUCAACUUCAAGUCCGAUCCCUACUACUGGGCAGACCACAGCUUCAAGUAUGACUUCCAGAACAUGUCCUCGUUCUGGAAGAUUGGUGGCAAGGAUAUCCAUAUUUACGGCGAUCUGACAAAGGGGGAGUCUGUGCUUGAUGGCCAUGGGCAAGCUUACUGGGAAGAGAUGGCUGUCAACAAGACUUUACUCAGACCAAUCCUGUUGACGAUUGAGGACGCACAUGGCCUCACCAUGUCCAACCUGCGAAUGCGCAACCCACCCAACUGGUUCAACAUUAUCAUCAACAGCACCGACGUGUUGAUCAGUGAUUUGGAUCUUGAAGCCAAGAGCUUGAAUGGGGUCAAAAUCGCCAACUCUGAUGGUUGGGAUACUUACCGUUCCGACCGCAUCGUCAUCCAAGACUCUGUUAUCAACAACACAGACGAUUGCGUAUCAUUCAAGCCAAACAGUACAAACGUGGUUGUUCAGAACCUCGUGUGCAAUGGCUCUCAUGGUAUUAGUGUUGGUUCCCUGGGCCAGUACAAGGGCGAGACCGACAUCGUGGAGAAUCUUUACAUCUACAACAUCUCCAUGUCUAAUGCCAGCGAUGGUGCUCGAAUCAAGGUCUGGCCUGGCGUUGAGACUGCCUUCCAGGAUCUUCUGAACGGCGGCGGCGGUCUCGGCCGUGUCAGAAACGUGACAUACGAUACCUUCUACCACGAGAAUAACGACAACGCUAUCACCAUUACUCAGUGUUAUGGUCAGAAGAAUCAGACUUUGUGCAACGAGUUCCCUGCAAACCUGACUAUUGAGGAUGUCACGAUGAAGAACUUCUGGGGAACAGUUUCAACCAAAUACGACCCACGAGCUGGAACUCUCGUUUGCAGUGCACCCGAUCGUUGCAGUAACAUCGUGGCUGAGGAUAUCAGAGUCCAGGUUCCAAGCAAGAAGCCACCGGUCUACGACUGUCAGAACAUUGACACAAGCACUUUGGAUAUUACAUGCCGGGACCCAACCAGUGCCAGGGACACAACGAAUGGAUAG